CUCUUACUUGCCGUUCUGCUCAUUGACGCAUCAUAGUUCAACAAUAUAAUCGAGCAUCUUUAUCAUGGACUCAUUCUCUAACAACACGGUAUACAACUUGACUUACAACGCGAUGAGCUCCGUCUUGGGCUACCCAUCGCGGUUGCUCGCCCGCAUGCGCAUGAUGGAUGAACUGCUGAACCAGGAAGCGGAGCGUCAGGCAGCCUUGUACACUGCCUCCCUCGAAGCUGCGGCCAAUAUGUCCAUGAGCGACCAGGAUGCUAAUAUUUCCCCCGCGUACGCGCGACCGAAUCCACAACUCAUGCCCGGCCCAUGGGGAUUUCUCACUUCGUGGUACGCUAUCGGACUGUUCGCUAUGGCUCUCUUGAUCAAUCGUAUACAACAUUUAGUCGUCCCGCCUCCUCAACCACCGACGUAUGAUCGACACCGUGGCCGGCUUGACCCGCGUCCGCGCACUUGGACAGCUCCGUUGAGGGGCGCAUGGCAUAUGCUAUUCCCUCUUGACCUCACGCGUACACGCACGCGCUUGAUCCUCCGGAUACCCUCGCUCAUUUUCCUCUCGAAGGCUGUCUUCAUUUGGGUAGUGAUACUGUUGCAAACAGCAGAUCUCUACCCUGCUUGGGAUCAUGGACUUAUUGCAAGAAUUGGAGAAUGGGUAGCGAAGAAGGACACUGCAAGCGUCUGCUGGACCACUUUCGGCUCUGUAUGUGGUGCUCUGUGUAUCGGAGCAUUGACGCGGGGGCUGGAAGGGAGGACGGCCAACGAUGGUAAUACGGCACCGUUCAAUCUGUUUGGUUACUCGUUCAUGUUGCAUGUCUAUUCUUCCCCCCUGACGCAUAUCAAAACCGCGGAGGCCGCGUUUUCCAGGCCAGACAAGCAUGUCGUAGUCACGCUUCUACUCCCCAUUCUGCAGCUUUGGAUUCUGCACGUCAUGGGUGUCCGCCUCCGCUGGUCGCACCAGCGGCUCUUACCUACGGCGUUCAUCGCCGUCCUUACCCUCACCCACUUCUUCUACCUUACUCUCUUCUCCCGCGCACCAUCGUCCUAUCCGAUGCUGUCCUAUGUCCCGGCGCUUCUCGAAUCUUCUCUUCUGGUCAUCACCUUCCUAACCCUCGGCCUCAACAUCAUCACUCAGAUAUUGACGAAGGGGAAGGUCGAGUGGACAGGCUCAAGAGGUAUCUUUGGCGAAGGCAUGCGUCUUAGCAUGGACGAAGAUUUUGCGGUCGCCAUUUUACGGAUCGGGACCGGAUGCUUGGAGGCGAGCGCCUUGGCUGGACUAGGAAACGAAGUUGGCGGCGUCGUCGCCUCGCGUUCAGCACUGUCGCUUCUUGGUAUGAUUGACCCAGCCGCCCAGGACGCUUUCCGGAGGGGAGACGAAGACGCGUUAGAGUUGACCGGGAGCGGUAUCGGGCCAGUUCCCAUGAAAGUGAUGAAAGGCAGGAGGAAGAGGAUUGUGAAGGGAUUCCACAACGAGAUCAAACAUAUUAAACCCGCUGGCUACGAUGGGGCUGUGUGGGACAGCGCAUGGUACGAGGCCUUCCUCAAGUUUUGUAUUGUUAGUUGGAUGGUUGCGCGGGGAUGGACGGAGUUCCUGUGGGCGUGGAUAAGGGGGCGGAGGGUAUCAUCCAGAGAGGACGACACGAACGCGGGCCUUGCGGACGAAACCGCAGAAGGAGAAGAUUUUGAUAGAGAGGACGACGACAAGGAAGCGCAUACAUAUGCGCGAUUCCUCAGGGGCGAGGAAGUCAGCGAUGACGAGGAAGGUGGCGAGUACAGUCCUGCGGCAUUCUCCGAGGCCACUUCAGAUGCGGAAUCGACCUCCUAUGACACGGAGGACGAUGAUGAGGAGCUGGAAGAAGCAACGGAGGCAGUCAAUCUGUACGCUGACCAUCUUCGCGCCGGCACCCCAAGUCGUUCCUUGGAAACCUCGGGCGGCAGCAGCGCUCCAGUUCUGCUCGCGCAUAUGACGUCCUCCGGUUCCCCGCUCACUCGCCGACGAUACACGAAACUGAUCACGCAUGCGACCCACCACACGAUAUUGUCCGAUGGACCCUCCGACGAUUUGGGUCGAUUCGUGCUCGAACGCCGCGCGCUGACGAAACGGGAGCGAGAGAUGGCUAGCAACGUAGAGGACGACGAAUCCCGGCGUAAUUGCGUGGUCUGCACAAUCGCGCCGCGCGAUAUCAUCUGCUGGCCAUGUCGUUGCCUCGCACUAUGCGACGGAUGCAGGGAGAACCUUGCAUCCAGGGCAAGUGCGCCGAAACACUCAUGCCCAUGUUGCAGGAGGACAGUCGAGGGGUAUUCAAGGAUUUAUAUACCUUGAACUAGAUGCUAUACAGGCGGUGGAUCUGCAAAGGAUUGAUAUGUAUUAUUCGUGUCAGUAUAUAUGUACGCAUACGCACCCAUAGCACUCAAAUGAUUCGAC